UUUAACUAACGAAUGACCAUUUCGCAAGGCUUUUUCUUAAUGAAAUAAAAAAUAUUUAUUUGCUGUAAAAAAAUUGAUCCUUCCCUGCAUUUUGCAAAUGUGACAACGCUGUCAUGCUCGUAGCCACUUGUUUUGUUUAUUUUCUUAUCACUUGAAAUUAAUUUUCUUCGUCAACUUGAAAUUCAAAAAAAGUAUCGCAUAUUUUCUUAUCUAAGUAUUAUUAGCUAUUGUUCAUACAGCCAGCAGUUGCGCAGCACAUAUUAAAGUGAUUUCCCCUUCUUUGGAGCCUUCUUUCAAAGUAAAAUGGAGUAUGGCGGUAAGUCAGUUACAUUCGAUAGGAAAGCCGUGUUGGGUAAAGGAGCUACUGCUGUCGUUUUCUCUGGCACAUGGGGCAACCAAAAUGUCGCUAUCAAAAGAGGUGAAUUGCCCAAAUUCAACGUUCGUGAGGAAAGCACCAUGAAAGCCAUUGGGCAUCAUGAAAAUGUCAUCGAUUGUUUUGGCAUUUUGAAAGACUGUGAUUUCAUAUACAUCAUUUUAGAAUUGUGUGAUGCUACAGUGGAACAAUAUUGCCAAGGAAGUUACAAAGGAAUUGUACCUCCUGAUUAUCAAGCCCUUUACCAGAUGGCGGAUGGACUACACUUCAUUCACUCAAAGAACCUUGCCCAUCGCGAUAUAAGCACAAGCAACGUGCUUAUCAAGUUAACUGGUGACAAGGUCGUGCUGAAAAUAGCUGAUUUCGGGGUUUGUAAAAUUGCUUCCAAUAGCGGCAGCCUGUCGAUGAGUGGUGAUGGAUGCAAAGGAACACUCCCUUUUAUUGCUCCCGAGCUGCUCAAACAGAUGCAAGAUGAUAACUAUCAAGAAUCAAAUGAAAAUGGAGUAAGAGGGCACACCAGCAACGACAUUUUCUCCUUGGGUUGCGUAUUUUACCGAUUUCUCACUAAAGAUGGACAUCCCUUUAUAAAAGGCGCGGUGAAACUGUGUUAUCUCACAAUAAAUAAUCGGAUUAAAUCGAAUAUUCUCGAUAACAAACAAUCUUUGGAACGCUUGAGUGAGGAGCAAGCUUUUGCCAAAGCUUUGAUAGUAAAAAUGAUUGAUCCGGAAAAAGAAAAAAGACCCCAACUGGAAGCGGUAAAAGAAGAAUUGUAUUCACAUUUAAAUAGCAUAGAUCUGCAGUCAAACUGUACUCCUUCUGUUCCAUACUUAGUUGAAGGUGUUUAAAUACGCCAUCACAUAUGUUCAGUUCUUUAUGAUGGGCUAAAGUCGCAAUUGUUCAUUGUUUCAAAUGUUUAGGAAAAUGCUGGUUUGGUAAACUAAUAUCUUUUUGUUUUUGGCAAAUUUUCUAGUAUAACAUUUUUUUUCCUUCAAUAUAGUCAUGCUGUCAUGGCAAAAAAGAAGUUCACGUAUUACAAAUUUACAAUCUU